AUGGAGGCAAGGCAAGAUAGCCUAGCAUGGGCAAAACGCCAACGCGAGCUCUACGCUGAAACGCUGCAUAAUUUUGCCUCGUCCUCCGAUGAGUUUCAGGUCCUAUAUGCUGCCGCCAAUUCAGCCUCAUCACAGACAGUUCCAUCUCCGCAACAUAAAAUCAAGGAUAUCAAGACACUCUACGUCCUCGACUCGUCAUUCAACCCACCUACAAAAGCUCAUCUUACGUUAGCCCGAAAUGCACUGCUGAAAGACAAAGGUGCACAUCCAGCACGUAUGAUGUUCCUUCUUGCAACGGUGAACGCGGAUAAGAAACCAAAGCCUGCUGCUUUUGAGGACAGGUUAGUCAUGAUGAGUCUCAUGGCGAAUGAGAUCACGAGUGAAUUCGCAGAUGACAAGGUCGUGGUUGAUGUGGCGGUGACGAAGAAGCCCUUUUUCAUGGACAAAGCGGCUUGUAUCGACGAAGCUGAAAUCUAUGGAGAUGCGCAGCAAGUGCAUUUGACAGGUUUUGACACCAUCGUCAGGAUAUUCAAUGCGAAGUACUACCCUGACGACCAGCAAUUGCGAGUUCUUGAGCCGUUUUUGAGCAAGCAUAGAUUGCGCGUAUGUUACAGGGAAGAUGGUGAGACUUCAAGACAAGAGCAAGAGGCGUAUAUAGAGGGCAUAGGGGAUGGGAGCAGAGAAAAGGAAGGUAUGAAGCAGGAGUGGAGGAAGAUGAUAGAGUUGGUAGAUGAUGCUGAGCACGUAAAAGGCAUAAGCAGCACUGAGAGUAGAAGGGCAGGUGUGGAACAGCGGACUGACACCCUAGAAGAAUUGCUUGGAAAGGAGGUUGCUGAAUAUGUGAUGAGCGAAAGGCUUUAUCGUGACGAAGAAGACAUCAGGAAGAGUGGAAUCAAACCGAAGGUAUGA